UUUGACAGUUUCUCAACAGGGAGCCCUGCCUACACCUCCGCUCCACCCUCACAAUCGCUUUUGAUGGUAUCAACUCCCUCAGCCAACUCAGAGAUAUCGUAUCGAAGGCGCUCAUCUCCCUCGCCCCAGACAGCCGUGAGCGCACCCGCGAUCCGGGACCGCACUCCCAUCCGCCACCAUAGACCCAGCCUCUCCCGCAACCCCAGCCACAGCCGGAGCGAUGCGCUGUUUGCGUUUGCCAACGAACAGAAUCAGUUGCACCAAACGCAAUCACUACCAUCGAUCACCGCGAUGCCGUCACACAGUGGCUCAGCGAUGCCACAGAUGUUCAACAUGCCUGGGUACAACAUGACACCGCCCAUGACGAGUUUACCCCUCCAAGGAGGUUAUUUCAGCACCCCGGUUCCGCCACAAGCUACACACCAAGAUAGCUCGAAUGAGUUCUCUCUUUCCCACCACGAUAGCAAACCACAUGGUUUCUACCCUGUCGGUCGCACAGCUUCGCACGCCUCAGCGAUGAGCCUCCCUCCACCAGACUCACCUAACGCUUUGUACAUGCACGGCCAGCCGCAGCAUAGUCAGCAACCGCUGCCGUCCAUCGCCAUGACCAUGCAGCCAUUCCCACCAGUUCCGCUAACCUUGGAGUCGUCGCCAGCAGAGAUUGAGAUUAUGCCAUCCAGGCCGAAACCGCAGUGCUGGGAUCACGGGUGUAACGGCCGCCAGUUUUCGACGUUUUCCAACCUCUUGCGCCAUCAGAGAGAAAAGAGUGGCAGCGCAGUCAAAGCGAUUUGCCCCCACUGCGGGACCGAGUUUACAAGAACCACCGCGCGGAACGGUCACAUGUCAGGGGGCAAGUGCAAAGGCAGGCCCGAGAGCGAUGGGCUGAACGAGACCCAAAACGAG